CCAAAAGGCUGCUUGUAGUAUAUACUUCUAGCGUAUCUUCCACGAACGUGAAAUUGCAUUUGUUGACCAAGAGGCAAAGACCAAAUUCAUCUUUUGACUUAUGUUGACCUGGCUCACUAUAUAUAACUGAUGCUUCAGCUUACCAUCAAAGCCGAAGGUGUUAAAGAGUUCCUUGCAAUUGUAUUCCUCUUUUUCCCCUUUGUUACUAAUCUCAUUUUCCCUUCUUUCUAUUCUCAAUUUUGCUACACAAGUAUUCUCAAAGCUUGAAAUGAAGAAAAUUGUGCUGAAAUUGGAUUUACACGACAACAAAUGCAGACAAAAAGCCAUGCAGACAGCCUCUGGCUUUUCAGGGGUUGAUUCAGUUUCCUUUGACGCCAAGGACCAAAAAUUGACAGUGACAGGAGACAUCGAUCCGGUGAAACUGGUGAGGAAACUAAAGAAACUGUGUCACACGGAUAUAGUUACGGUUGGACCAGCAAAAGAGCCAGAGAAAAAGAAAGAAGAGGACAAGAAAGACGAGCCGAAGAAGCCAGGAGAUGCCACGAAAACUCCCCCAAAAGAUCCCACAAAAGAACCUCUACUUUACCCCUAUCCGUUGUUGUAUCACCCUCCAAUGUCCACGUACAAUUAUCCUCCAGUGCCUGACUAUUACAGUCACGCUAAAACUGUUGAGGAAGAUUCAGCUGGCUGCAUAAUCUGCUAAUUGUUUUUUCUUUAGACAUAAAAAAUAAAUUUACGUACUAGUAAUAAAGGAGAAUGGGAUUUUUGGAUUAGUGUUUUUUUUUUUUGUUUUUUUUUU